AUGGCCAACCCCCACACACCUUACCACCCUCAGCCGGGGCCCUCAUACUACCAUCACCCCCCGCCGCCUCCCCCACCUCCACAUUAUGCGUAUUCGCCGGCGCCUGCCCCCGCCCCAUAUUACGCGUAUCCUAUGCCACCCAUGAACGGUCACGCCGCCAUGCACCAACCUGCUUCCCCUAGGAUAAAUGGUGCUGGUCGUGGUCGCUUCACUCCUCAUCGAGGCGGUGCUCCUGCUUACCACUAUCACCACCUGCCUCCUCAGCACCACUUACCUCCUACCGUACCUGUUCCGACCCCUCCGCCCGUUUCUCCUGCAAGUCCGUUCCAUCACCCUCAAAAGUUCCCGCCGCACCCGCAUCCCCACCAGGUUCCAUACGGAUCUCCAUAUCAACAUCCACAGCCUAAUGCCCCCUAUCCCCCUGCAUGGCCGGGACAGACGUUAUCUCCACUACCGAAGCAGCUGUCGAUGCUACCCCCCAUGGCUUCUCAAGAGCACGUUCCGCAGCUACAGCAGCAUCAACUUCCUCCCAUGCCUCAGCAUCAGCCCCAGCCGUCCCCUCAGCCCGCACAAUUACAAUCUCAAGUUUCUGUUGAGGCGACACCGCAGGCAUCUUCUCAGGCACCUCACGUCGUCACCCAGCGCGGGGAUGCGUCACAGCCUGACCUGACUCAGUCAGAGGAGUCCCAGACUAUCUUAUCCCAGGUCGAGGAGCCGAAGCAGGAACAGGAACAGCGGGAGCCUGCGCUUGUUGCUGACGCAGUGCCCCAAUUUGUCGAACAGACCAUCGAGGAGGAUUCAGUCACGGAGGUUGAGCCCAGAGCGCCUACCCCGAGGAGCCCUUCGCCUACGUCCGCGCCCGCCAUCACUGACUCUUCCAUCUACGUAAUUUGGUCGCGUCGCCCCAGAGACCCAAUUCACGCGCCGGGUGUCAUCAUAUCACAUCGUGCUUUCCCUCCUGAGAGUAUUGUGCAGAAGGCCCUGGAGCUUCGUACUCCCCCAUCAUCCCCCAAGUCCCCGCACGCUGCCCUCGUACAACCACCAAUUCCGCUUGUUCAUGAGGCUUCUCCCGAGUCAUCGGCAGCACUCUCGUCAUCGACUACCGAGACGACGCCGGCUGGCUCGAUCGCAGCGGAUACACCUGUUCCAGGCUCGCCUUACUCCUGCGCUACCUCGGUGUCUGCCGCGAUUGAUCCAUGCGCUCAGACGCCAGUCUCUCUGCUUACUGAGACUAAGAUCGAGUUUGCUGCCGAUGUUGCCGAUGUUGCACCUAAGGCAAGUGAGCCUUCGACGCCUCAACCUGCCUGUGAGGAAAACGCAGCGGCUUCGCCCCCUACCACAUCUGCUCCAGCUCCCAAACCCACCGUGAAGAAGGCAUGGAACGCACUGUUUGCGUCCGACUCUGCCGCGUCGUCAUCUAAACCGCGUCUGCCGGUGUCGAACGUUGUCGGCUUUUCUAUCCCGGCUACCACUGGAUCGCCCGCUCUCGGUGCUCCUACCGCUACCGCUAAUCGCAGCGAGCUUCUACACUUACUCAACGAGGGCCCCUCUGUCUCAUCUGUCAAUGCAGCGGCCGCGAUGAAGAUCCGCCCCCGUGGCCUUGUCAACACUGGUAAUAUGUGCUUUGCGAACGCUGUGCUGCAGAUCCUCGUCUACUGUCCGCCCUUCCAUCGCUUCUUUUCGGAUCUCAAGAAGCACCUCGCCGGGCCCGUUGUGGGCUCGCAGCGUGAGGGGUCGAAGGCGACACCGCUCGUGGAUGCCACGAUACAAUUCCUCAAGGAGUUUGUCCCUGACCCUCCUGCGAAUGCCAAUGUCAAUGCGAACAUGAAGUCGAAGGGCAAGGAACGGGAAGACGACAACUUCGACGAGUUGGACAGCUUCAUCCCCUCGUACGUCUACGAUGCGAUGAAGGAAAAAAAGCGGUUCGCCAACAUGAUUGGCGGACAUCAGGAGGACGCGGAGGAGUUCCUUGGGUUCUAUCUGGACACUCUGGAGGAGGAGCUUCUGUCAAUAUCGCAGUCCCUGCAGCCUCAGGACGCGCCCACAGCGCCUGAGGAGGAGGCCCACGACGAUGGCUGGCUGGAGGUAGGCAAGAAGAACAAGGCAGUGGCGACAAGAACUGCGAAAUCUACGGAGUCUCCGAUAACACGGAUAUUCGGGGGCAAGUUCCGUUCAGCAUUGCGCGCGCCUCACCAACGGGAGUCGGUCACUAUAGAGGACUGGCGGUCCUUACAGCUCGACAUACAGCCUGAAAACGUCAAGACUCUCCGUGAUGCCCUCCUACACAUAUCGCAACCUCAACAGGUUCAAAUCUCCAUUCCUACGCGGCCGGGUGCCCUGCUCGACGCUCAGCAACAGGUGCUCAUUGAGGCUCUUCCGCCUGUGCUCAUUCUGCACAUGAAGCGGUUCUUGUACGAUACCAAGGUCGGCGAUGUGGUCAAGGUGGGCAAGCAAGUAUCGUUCGCCUCAGAGCUGGACGUCCCGCCAGAGAUCAUCUCGCAAGUAAAAAGGACAACGCAGCCUGUGAAAUACCAGUUGUUUGGAGUCCUAUAUCAUCAUGGCAUGACAGCAUCCGGUGGCCACUACACCCUCGACGUCCUCCAUCCGAAUCGCGAGCUCUCCGAGCGCCCGCGGGCAGCGUGGAUCCGGAUCGACGAUGAGCUCGUCUCGGACGUGCGCCCCGACGACGUCUUCGGAGGACAGGAGCGCGAGGACAGGCAACCGUACUUGCUGUUCUACAGGAGGAUGAGUGCUUGGGGGCCGGCACGGACAAACUAG